UAAAUGGCACCGCGGAAGGGGACGGAUCCCCUCGUUUCAAACUAAAAACUAAAAACAAGGGUCUUUCCACAAGACUGUUAGCGAAGGGCCCAUUCCUACGGUAGUGCCAUGCUCCCUUCAGAGUGCUCACUUCGGAGUGAGUAGGGCAUAGGGGUGAUCGCUUUCGAUUGAAUUCGCCCCUUGUUUGUCUGCUCAUCGGAAACGGACGCUUUUACUGGUUUUACUUCAAUGGACGCAAAUAAACGGUCUCACACUGAAAUAUAUGAACGAUAUGGAUUAAAGACAUUGAAGAUUAACUGGCGUUCAGUGUAUAUAGAUGAUCAAGACACACCGCGUUAUUUUAAUCUCGGGAUGACGAGCCGUUAUGGAGAAACGGGCAUCGGAAAAGGCCGACAAUAAACAAUGUUUUAACAUCUUCAUGGAAAAAUGUGCACAGCUGCAAUGUAUUUUCAGAGGAUUCAGCACUGGGAAGAUAGCCAUGCACUAGUGCAAAGAAAAGAAGAAUUGGACACCUGCGAUGCUCAUGUUGUCUCUGCAGCGGCCCGACUGAAUCUAAUUUGAAACGUUCCAUGUAAUCAGUCAGACCAAGUGACAAAGUUUUCUAUGACCAGUAGAAAUGGCAGGGUACAGUUUGAGGGCCUGCAAGGGUCGUAUGGGGAAGCGAGGAGGCCGUUUAGGGUUUUUCCAUUAUCUCUGCAUUAUAGUCUUCUGUGGCUCCCUGCUUGCCUUGCUCUUCUUUGAUGUAAUUGAAUUGUGGGUAACCUCACUUGGCAUGAGCAGAGAUGAAGGUCCUCAUGGAGAGCUCCUUCCUCAGAGGAUCCCUCCAACCCAUUCCGAGGAGUACCUACUUAUGCCCAGCACCCGCGUAUGCCAACGUGCCAAACCUUACCUCAUCACUUUUGUGGCAACUGCUCCUGCCAACAGAAAGGCUCGCCAGGCCAUCCGUGACACCUGGGGUGGUGAGAUACAAGUGAGGGGCCAGCGAGUCAUGACCCUCUUUAUGAUAGGUCAGCCAUUGGACCUGGUUCUCAGCAAAGAACUGAUCGAAGAGUUCAAGGAGCACGGGGACCUGAUACAAGGUCGCUUCAUUGACUCCUACGGCAACUUGACCCUGAAAACACUCUCAAUGUUAGGCUGGGCUCGCCGUUUCUGUCCACAAGCACACUAUCUGGCUAAAGUAGAUGACGACGUAAUGUUCAACCCUAGCGCGCUUCUCCAAUAUCUCGACCUCAGAUUUGAAACGGCAAAAAAUCUCAUAGACCUUUAUCUGGGCAGGGUUCAUAUGCGGGUCUCACCACACCGCAGUCCGGACAGCAAGCACUACAUGUCAGAAACGGCGUACACUGGCAUGGUUUUUCCUGAUUAUUGCAGCGGGACGGCAUAUGUGCUUUCUCGGCCUGCGUUGCUGAAGCUGUCACUAGCAGCUGUUGCUGUACCCUUACCCAGACCGUUGCCCCCUGAGGAUGUGUUUGUGGGUAUAUGUGCCCACACAGUGGGCAUUACGCCCACCCACUCUCCACUCUUCUCUGGAGGACCCGCUGUACCCUACAGUCGCUGCUGCUACCAGACUAUGGUGUCUGUGCACCAUACCAAGCCACAGGACAUGGUUCGUUACUGGACGGAGAUGCACUCCACAGCCCCGUGUUCGUGGUUGGGUGCGCGGACUUCUCUUGGUGUUUGUAAAGUACGAGCGCUUCUUGGGACGCUGUUGGGAAAAGACUGAUCAAAUCAGCACACUGCAUUACAAAGCCAAAACACAGUAACUAAGGCAACACUUAAACUGAGAAAAAUGGCUCCAAAGUUUUUGGAUUGUCCAGCCCAAUGUGAAUUCUAAAAAAGUCUCACUUAUUUUUCUCUGAAUCUGGGUAUCGAGUCAACCAGUCUGUCACAGGGCACAUUAAAGUCUAAGAGACAUGAUUUCAUGACUGAGUUUUGACAAAAUGUUUUAUUUUGUCUCUGUAGGACAGCAUAGCUCUGUCCCAAAAUAUAGUGUGCUAUCUAAGAAGGCAACAUUUUAAGGCAUUAUAGUUGUGCUCUUGAAACAAAGGCUGCUCCAGAAGGGGAGCAACUUAAUAGAGCGCAGUAGUCGGGUUUUGGAAGUAAAAACCCAUUUAUCGGAGUAGCUAUUUACACCCCAAAAGUCUGGUGAAGCCACAGAAAUACACAACAAACUAAACAAUAGAUGUCGCUGCAGUGGCGUGGGGUGUAAAGACGGUGUGUGUGAAUGUGUACUGUUGUCCUAGCGACCGUGGUUCAAAUCCGCGUUUUGUCCCACUCUUUUUCCCAUCCAGUUUCCAGUUUCCACUCUUAAUAUUUCCUUUAAUACUACUUAAAAAAAUAGAUAAAAAUGAAUAUAAAUGUUGAUUUGGUCACGGUGAAUGUCAGGGAGUUCAGAGAAGGGUUUGAUCUGGUCUGUCGAUCACACUUGUUCCUGCGGCUCGGCAUCACUGUAUUACUAAUAUUGUAGUUACCAUGUUUUUUGGCAGAAACCAUAGUUUUAAUGCAGUUAACCAUGGUGUUAGUACAGAAAUAUUAUGGUAAUAUAGUAACCAUGGUUAAUUUUGUGGUUACUAUAAUUUUACUACAAAAUAUCAUGGUGAAACUACAUGGUUAAUGUACUAAUACCAAGGUUAUUUUUUCUAAGGUAAGGUUAAGGUUAGGUUUAGGGGUUAAUGUAGUGUGUCUGUGGGACUCUAAAUAAACACAAUAAACACACUGCAGUGAUGCCCAUACUGUAUGUUAGUAUUUAAAUAUGGGUGCAAAUAGUAUCUAAAACCAUUUGCACCAGGGUGGAAUUAGUAUCUGCCUUUAAUUUUUCCAUAGGCAAAUAGAUUUUUAAUGAUAACUCUUAAACCUUUAAAGACAGACCUAUUCAGUGAGCUCUGAGGUUGUAAAUCGAAGGUAUAUACUCAUGUUAAAGCCAUCAGUCUGUGUUGUUUCUACUUCAGUCUUUAAAAUCAUGUUUAAUAGCAGAAUUCCUGGUGAAGAACUAUACUACCCAUGAUCCUGAAGAGAAAGAUCCACCAAUCAGAGAAUCAAAAGAGCUCUGCAGCUCCGCCCACUCCCAUGAUGCACUAUGAAUGACGCAAUCAAGUCGCUCUCUCUACACUCUCAAACUACUGAUGUAUUUGUAUCUGUCUGAAUAUUUUCUAAUUAAAUUAAAUUAUAUUGUUUCUAUACUUAGAAUCAACAACUAUAAAUCAAUAGUUUUAUAUAUUUCAGUAGUUUAAUUUGAUGACAUAAUUCACAAUGCUUCAUGGGAUUGUGUUCAUUCACUCAUUAACAACACUAAGUACACAGUCUUGUGCCUUUGUUUUUUGUCUGAUUUUCAAGUACUUUUAUUCUUCAAAUCAAAGUUUUUGAUGUAGUGAUUCACCUCGGAGCUGGUUGGUUUGGUUCAUGACUUACAAGUCUUUCUUGAAAGAUUUUAUGAAAUUCCUAUGGAAAAAAAUGAAUGGGAAAAAUACUUCCUGCUCCCCUGAUAGUGAAAGCUCCCGUCCCUGACCAAACUCUUCUCUGAACUCCCCGACAUUCAUUGUGACCAAAUCACUGCAAGGAAAUCAACAUUUAUGUUCACCUUUAUUUAUUAUUUGAAAUAGAAUUAAAGGAAAUAUUAGGAAUGGAUACCGGAAACAGGACAGGCAGAAGAGUGGGUCAAUAAGGCAGAUUAAAACUUGGGUCACUUGCACAAAAAAAGCACAUUUGCACCAUCUUUACUCUUCUUGCCACUGCAGUGACAAGCAUUUUGUCCUCAUUUUAUUCGGCCAGACUAUUGGAGUGUAAAAAGCCGUGCUGUGGGGCAGGUGCUGUUUACACUUGGGUGCAAAUUGUUACUCUGUAUAAUAAAUCCAAGAUGGCAGACAAAGAGAGAAAAAUAUUGAUUAUAAAUGGAUUAUAAAAUAUACUAAUAAUAUAUAAAAAGAAUAUAAUAAUUAAUUCAACGUAAAUUCAUUCAAUACACAAAACUAACAAUAAAAAAUUGUUAAAUCAAAUUAUGUAUUUUUUUAUUUUAAAUCUAAAUAAAUAAGUAUUAAGUACAAAUUUAUUGUUCAGUAGGGCAUUACUUCGAUUCCAGAAAGGCAGAUGUGAUUGUUAGCUUAGCAAUAUGCUAAUGUCAAACUCUUUUUGGAUUCAGUUUGGAGUCGAGUCUCCUGGGCGGUGUGUGAUUUGUGUGGCUGCCUUUGUAAAGCGUUCCAAAUCAGUCACUUAUGAUGUUCGAUCUCUGCCCUAGAAGGCAGAUACCUAUGUAGGCAGCAAGGCUGCUCACUUGGUUUUGUAAUAGACUCUAUUUUAUAAUGUUACUUUCAUCUGAAAUGUCGAAAGUAUAGUCCUAUGAAGAUUUAUAACAAGUAAUUUUUGAUACAUGUACACACUCUAGUUUUAAGGACUUAGUGGAACACAAAAUAAUACUGUUCACAAAAAAAAAAAAAAACACUGCACUGCAACUUAUAUUUUAUUUUGUAGUACUUGAAUUUAUGUUAAACCUGGCAUGUGCCUUUUGUGAUUUAAAUGUCUGUUGAAAUAAUAUAAUGAAUUAUACACAAAGCCUUAAUGGAGCUCUAGCCAUCACUUUUGCCCCAUGAGCCUGUUCCAAUACAAAUGUAGCAACAAAUUUCAAUGCACAGCAAAUUUAUAGCUGAUACCUGAAAUUAUAGAAAUGAUGUAAUAAAUAUGUUGGUUCUUGUGAAUAUAUCAAGGAAUCUAGUC